AUGUGUAAAGUGGUUGUUGUUGAUGCAACAUUUCUGACGAGCCAAUAUAAGGGAGCAUUGAUUGUGGCAACCGCCCAAGAUGGUGAUCAUCACCAAUAUCCUUUAGCGUGGGGAGUGAUAGAUAGAGAGAAGGAUGCUUCAUGGUUGUGGUUUAUGACAAGAUUAAGCGAAGUAAUACCGGAUGGUCCUGAUGUAGUUGUGCUAUCUGAUCGACAUAAAAGCAUAAUCAAAGUUGCGAGAGAAGUAUACAAGCAAGCACAACACGACUUUUGUGUGAGGCACAUAGCGCAUAAUUUAAAAGUGCACGUUAAUAGAGGCAGUAGAAGAAAGAGUUCAAAUGGUGAGACCGUCUCUAAAUUGUUCUUUAAAUGUGCAGCAGCCUACACGAUUGAUGAGUUUGAAUACCUAUACGAUGAUCUAAAAAGCAGAUAUCCCAAAGUGGCUGAGUACAUGCAAAAGGAAGAACUUGCACCUGAGAAUUGGGCAAGGUGUAAAUUUAAGAGUGAAAUGUACAACAUGUUAACAACCAAUGGGGCCGAAUCGAUAAACUCCGUACUGAAGAAGGCAAAAAAGUAUCCAUUGCUAAGUUUACUUUAUAUUUGUCUCGGAAAGACAGUUGAAUGGUUUAACAGGCACAUGUUAGAAGUAGGUAGUUCUGAUGAAUCUCAAAAGUUAACACCAUUUGUUUACAAAGAGCUACAUGAACGUUACGAGAAGGCAUGUACAUUUGACGUUCAAGAACUAAACGGUGUUACUGGCGAGUUUGAAGUGAGGGAUGACAAGGGUAGAAGACACUUGGUUAAUCUUGGAGAAAGAACAUGUGGUUGCAAAAUGUUUGAUGUGGAUAGGUAUCCUUGUAGUCAUGCAAUUGCAGUAGCACAUAUGAUCGGAAAAGGCGAUAUGAUAUACGAACUUUGUUCUGAAUACUACAGGCGAGAUACAUGGCAUAUGGCUUACCAAGAGACUGUGUACCCGUUUCCUGAUUGUUGUGAUUGGAAAUUGCCAUCUUCCAUUGCAGAUGUAGUGGUAUUGCCGCCUAUAGUGGAAGAAAAACGGAAUUGA